CGGUUAUUACGUCGAGCAUCCAUUCCAUCAGAAACUGUGUUGAAACGCUAGCACGAGAUGUCAGAGAAGAAACAAACAGUGGACUUGGGGCUGUUGGAGGAGGAUGAUGAAUUUGAAGAAUUCCCAGCAGAGGACUGGACAGGCCUGGAUGAAGAUGAGGAUGCUCAUGUUUGGGAAGAUAACUGGGAUGAUGACAAUGUAGAAGAUGACUUUUCUAAUCAGCUGAGAGCGGAGCUUGAAAAACACGGAUACAAGAUGGAAACCUCUUAAUGGUGGAUCAACAGAUUUUUCCACAUUUGUAUAUUGUCAGCUUGUUCUGUCAAUAGAAAAUGUGAUUUCUCUUAUUACUUCUGUAAGAAGCCCAUCGUUGUAAAACGGGUCAGUUGAAACUGAUAUCAAUGUUUUUUUCCCCCUCUCUUAUAUGCAACCUGUGUUAAUAAUUGUGAUAAUAAAGAAAUGUUUUCCCUA